GCAAUGAGCUCACACUGUGCAGAACAAUAAAGUUGGGAGCGCUUGAAUUGACAGCCCGGGCAAGAUGGCGGCGUCCUUGCUGGGUUGUGUGCUUCGUAGUGCCCGGCAGCUGCUUCCUUGGCCCGCUCCAACAUUCACAAAUCAAGUGAGAAGUCAUUAUGUAGAUUGGCGAAUGUGGAGAGAUGUGAAGAGGAGGAAGAUGGCGUAUGAAUAUGCAGAUGAAAGACUGAGGAUCAAUGCUUUGAGGAAAAACAUGAUCUUGCCCAAGGAGCUUCAGGAAAUAGCAGAUAAGGAGAUUGCCGCACUGCCCAGGGAUAGUUGUCCAGUGAGAAUUCGGAACCGUUGCGUUCUCACCUCACGUCCUCGUGGUGUGAAGAGACGUUGGCGACUCAGCAGAAUUGUAUUCCGCCACUUUGCAGACCACAAUAUGAUUUCUGGUGUUCAGAGGGCCAUGUGGUAACGCCUACAUCAAGGAGGUUACAGCAGUCAUAAUAACCAUGUAUUUGGACAUUGCAUUUUUCACAUUAUUGUGACAUGGCGUGUUGUACAACAUGUUUUUAUAUAUAUUUUUUUUUUUUCUGAUCACCUAAUAAAAUAUUAAUAUACUGUGCUUUAA